AUGGCCCAACUCUACGAAAACUUUAACACCACAAAUCAAACAUCGCCGCAUUUUGAGGCGCACUUGAACUUUGCCAAGCCAAUCAGCCAAAGCACGUGCGGACUAAUCAAUGUUUUGAAUUUGGAAAAUCGCUGCAAUCACGCGAAGACUGCCUGCCUGGAGCACGUGUAUAUAUUCGAAUACACUUCCUUCUACUACUGCAAUCUUUACUCCAAUGACGUGUCCCGUACUCUGGGCAUCGCGCUGCUGAUCGGCAUUUGCAUUUUUCAGUUUUGGUUGGAGGCCAUCACGACGGCUCAAUUCUUUUGUCCGGCACUUACCGAGGUCUGUAGAAUGCUGCAUAUGAACGAGAAUGUGGCGGGAGCUACAAUUUUGGCUUUUGGCAAUGGGGCGCCCGAUUUUUUCACCAGCAUAGUGGGUCUGUGGAGCGAUUCGCGUCACAUAUAUACGGAGACGUCGUCGGCCACUUUGUUUGUGAGUGUAUUCGUGGCCGGUGUCAUUGUAUAUACACGGCCUUUCAGCAUUGAACCGGCAUUUUUUUUGCGCGACUCCGGUUUUGUGCUUCUAUACACUAUAUAUGUGGAUUAUGUGGUUAAGGCCAACGAAAACAACAUACGACUUGUCGACAGUAUUUGUAUGUCCCUCAUCUACCUUGUCUAUAUUCUGGUGAUUAUCGUUGAUCAAUAUUUGCUAUUACGGAAGCGCCGGUUGUUGAUGGCCCAAGCGGCCAAAAUGGAGGCGGAGAAAGUAUCAGACGAGCCGAUUCCCAUGUUGGAAGAAGCGCAACGCCUACCAGCCUACAAGUCGACUAUGGGAAUGUUCGAUGAUGAUCCUCCACCAAAAGAAGAGCAUUUGUGGUGGCAGUUAUUCCAGGCUCUGAACUCAUUGCAUUGUGCGACUUUUAAGAAGAGGAGCCACGUAGUACAGCUGUACAUAGUCCUUCAAUGGAUUCCCACGUUCAUUCUCCGUCUGCUAAUACCGCGCAUUAAUUUGGAGGACAGCGAAUAUCAAUGGUCCAAGCUUCUAUGCUCCCUCCAGUUCGUGCUGACGCCCACUUUUGUGACCUUUGCCUUCUGGCAGACUAAGUCUUUAUUCUUGAACAUUCCGGUGUUCAUUGUUGUUGCAGUGGUCUGCGUGCCGCUCUGUGUUUAUGCUUAUCUGCACACGCGGGUCGAUGUUAUUCCAGAUUGGUACCAUUACAUGACAAUAAUGAGCAUUAUUUCCUGUGUGUUCGUUAUUUAUGCAGUGGCUCGGGAAAUUAUAGUCGUAUUGGAGACCCUAGGAUUGGCCCUGAAGCGCAGCAACACAUUCAUCGGUUGCACCUUUUUUACGUGGGGUAAUGGCCUCGGCGACUUGAUAACCAACUUGGCUCUGGCACGUCAGGGAUAUCCGCGUAUGGCUUAUGCCGCCUGCUUUGGCGCGCCUGUUUUUAGUUGCUUUGUAUCUGUUGCCCUGCCGCUACUGUACAAGACAAUCGUUUCGCCCACGGGAGUCACACUUAACACUGAAGGCACUAUAGGUGAGAACACCUCGGUUCUGGUUAUCAUUGGCUGCUCUGCAAAUGUCCUUUAUGCAUUGACCACCAAUUUUAUGUUGCGUCGCAAUGUCGGUCUGCUUGGCAUUAUCAUCUACAUAUUGUUUCUCGUUUUGGUUGUGGCAAACGAGUUCCAACUUCUGCAUUCAUAUGGUACGGACCACUUGUUGGAUAGCAAUCGCUAUGAGCUAGAAUUUGGCGUUGUAUGA